AUGUCAACAUCAACUAAAAAUGUCAUCGGCCUUUGCCAAAUGAGAACAACAAAUGAUAAGAAAAUUAACCGUGAACAAGUUGCCGAAUUGGUAUCAAGAGCAAAAGGAAAAACCAACUUCCUUUUCUUUCCUGAAUGUUGUGAUUAUGUUGGUACGAAUGUAGAAGAGACAAAAAGGUUGUCAGAACCUUUGACUGGUGAAACAGUUCAAUUUUAUAAAGAUCUAUGUGUGAAAAAUCAGAUGUGGAUGAGUUUUGGUGGAGUUCAUGAAUGCAUAAUUAAUGAAGAUGGAGAACGCAAUGAAAAGAUCUGCAAUACACAUAUCAUAAUAAAUUCCGAAGGAGAACUUGCUGGUGUUUAUCGAAAACUUCAUUUAUUUGAUGUCGACACUCCAGAAUUCAAAUUUCGAGAAUCAAAAAUUGUUAAACCAGGUGAAGGUGCUACAAAGCCAGUAACAACUUCAAUUGGGUCAAUCGGAAUGCAAAUAUGUUAUGAUAUUCGUUUUCCUGAAACUCCAAUCUGGUUAAAAAGUCACGGAGCUCAGAUCAUCACUUAUCCGUCAGCAUUCUCCGUAUCGACAGGAAAAGCUCAUUGGGAUAUAUUGAAUCGUUCUCGUGCAAUUGAAAAUCAGUGCUUUGUCAUUUCUGCAGCACAAUUUGGAAAGCAUAAUGAAAAGAGAUCUUCUUAUGGACAUGCAAUUGCCGUGUCUCCUUGGGGUGAUGUAUUAGCAGAAUGUAGUGAAGAACUUGAAGUUCAAUUCGUUGAAAUAGAUUUGGAAAAAAUAUCGAAAGUUGAGAGAAAUAUGCCAUGCUUUAAACAUCGACGUUACGACAUUUACUCGAUGGAAAUGAAAACUGCUAAUCAAUUGGAAUCAAAGGAAAGUGAGCAAGCGUUCAUGUUCGAAAAGUACCCAAUAAAUUGCCAAACAAUAUUUUAUGAAACUGAACAUUCAGUUGCCUUCACAAACAUCCGUUGUGUUGUUCCUGGUCAUGUUCUUGUAGCAACUAAACGAUCAAUUGCAAGAGUAGAAGAAAUGACACAUGACGAAACCAAAGAUUUAUUUGUUGUCGCUUGUAAAAUUGCAAAAGUUCUUGAUGACUAUUAUGAAGCAAAAAGUACAACAAUUACAGUUCAAGAUGGAGAAUAUGCUGGCCAAACUGUCAAACAUGUUCAUUGUCACAUAAUGCCAAGAAAGCCAGGUGACUUUGAGCACAACGACGAAAUUUAUGUUAAACUCAAUGAGCAUGAUAGUAAGAAUGUUAAGGAAGAAAAGCGACCAAUGCAGGUUAUGAUUGACGAAGCAAAAAUAUACAAAAAGUUGUUAAGUUCUUAA